UCUGCUUUCAAAAAGCAAGCACUUACUGCACCAUGGGCUGCAACACUUCCAGCAGGGUAACUGUUGAGGGAUCACCACCCAAGAAUCCACAUUAUGACAGAGAAGCUCAAAAUCAGGCUGAAGAGACUGCAUCUCUUGGAACAAUUAGCCUUAUAUCGCAAGGUCAGUCAAGAAACAAAGAUGGUUCGUGUCAAAGAAGUUUGCCAGAAGUUAGUACAGAAAAGUUCUCAUCAGCUAAAGAAGAAAAUAAUGAACAGAUUACAGAAGACAUCAGAGGUGGUCUUCCCAAGAAACAUGUAAGCUUACUAGAAAAGAAAAGGCAAACAUCAUCAGAUAUCCUGGAGGAGCUUCGGAUGCAAGGCCUAAUCAAGAACCAAAGUACAACUUCUAAAAAUAGAACAGCAGAUGAUUCCAUGUCAAAGGAAAGACUACUGAAAAAAGAAUUGCUGGCUGACAGACCUUCACUAAUAAAUCCCUAUGAAGGCAAGACUUCAGGGAAUGAAACAGACUGUUCAACUUCUAUAGUUAAAAAUAGUUCUAGUACUAUUCAGUUGCUAACCUUAAAUCUAGCAGUAGGGAGCUGGAUGGAGAAGGAAGAAAUUGAUGAAUAUUUAAACAAUGUUGAGGACUUUGUGGUUGAGUCAGAUGUAACUUACAACACAAUCAAUGAAGUAUUCUGAUCAACAAAACUAUAGCAGUUGUAUAGUAGAAUCCUAUACUUGUUUAUUUAGAAGUUAGCCCUCUGAGUUCAAUGGGAGUUUCUCCCGAGUGUAUACAGGAUUGCAGCAUUAGGAUAAUUAAAUUUAAUUGUCAUGAUGUCUAGGUUGUAUUUACAUCAUCAGAUUUUAGCUUGGUAAAGUAAUUUAUGUUUCUAGUAGAGAGAAAAAUACAGUAUAUGGGUGAAUACGUUAGCAGUGCUGUGUAUAUUAUUGAGAGUUCAGGGAAAAGAAAAACAAAUGGGUAGAUUUUGUAGAAAGCUUGCUGUUAUAGAUUUUUCUGCCUGCAUAAGGAGGAGGCCUUUCAUGUCAACCCCGGUUGAAUGUCUUGCCUCUUUUCAAAAAUUGGUUGUGCCAUUGUUUAAGUUUUUAGACCAUGCUUUUGUUAUU